UAAUAUUCGUACGUAAUGAACGGAUUCGAGCAGAAGCUGCCCGAAGACUUUCAAAGCGUCAUUUACUGUUUCGCCCUGUCUCACAUGAUUGACAAGCCUUCGGACGUGAUCAGUUAUGCAGCCGAUUAUUUUCAACGUUUAAGAGAAGCGAGACGAGUCUGUUUAAUACUGGGCGAAGAACGGUCCGUCCAUGACAUCACGCCAAUGGAAGAAGAGGGCGAGGGACAUAGUAUACCGGAUCCGCUAACGUUUCAGCCGGACGCGGGACGACGAAAGUGUGUGGCGGCAGAACAGUACGAUCCCGAAAAGGACGACGAAGACUACGAGGACGCGUUUUAUCCGAAAAACGACCAACAAAAGAACUUCUUGUGGGAGAACAUCAAAAAUUUGUUGCUGUUCUCGUCUCUGGAGGAUACCCAAAUAGAAAGAGUGGUGAACGCCAUGUUCGAGGUGUCGGUGGUUCCAGGAGACGUCAUCAUCGAGCAGGGGGACGAUGCGGAUAAUUUCUACGUCAUCGAGAGUGGCAUCUACAACGUGUACAUCUCUUCCGGUUCGAACCAAGCGGCUUCCUUAGUCCACACUUACAAUAAUCGCGGUUACUUCGGCGAACUGGCUCUGUUGUAUAAUCAGCCGCGUGCUGCAACUGUCAAAGCUGUGGUGGAAGGUACCCUGUGGGCGUUGUCCCGUCAGGAAUUUCGUCACAUCGUUCUCAGAUCCGCCUACCGCAAGAGGAAGAUGUACGAGACGUUUCUGGAAGAGGUGCCCCUGCUCCAAAACCUUACGCAGUACGACCGGAUGAACCUGGCUGACGCUCUUGUGCCCAAAUAUUUCAAACCCAACGAGCGCAUCAUUCAGCAGGGCGACACAGCUGACGGGAUGUACUUUGUCGAAGACGGGACCGUGGUAGUGACAAUGGUGAACGACAACGGAAUCGAAAUUGAACUGACCACGCUGGGGAAAGGCGAGUACUUUGGCGAGUUGGCCCUUAUCACUAAGAAGCCUAGGGCCGCUUCCGUCACCGCAUACGAUAACGUCAAAGUUGCCUUCCUGGACGUAAAGGCUUUUGAAAGACUCCUGGGACCUUGCAUAGAUAUCCUUAAGAAAAACAUGACCCUUUAUGAGGCCGCCAUUAAGGCCAUCGGGUCCUAAGAGAUUGACGUAUUUAUUCGUAGAUGUAUCAAGUAAGAGAAAGUUGGAAAAAUUUGAACAAGUGGAAAAAUGAGAUGAGGACAGUUUGUUCUAGAAUCCUUUGACUUGUACUACUAAUGUAAUAACGGCAGCCCGUUUUCGUGGCAUUAGAAGUCAAAAAUAACAGUAAUAUUUCUUGUAAUUUACCCGAAUCCUUAUCAGCAAUAUAACGACACAGCGUCAA